CUGUUUUCGAUUUCUCUCCCAGCAGUGCUACUUGCUUUGACCCACUUUGGAGAGAGAGAAGAGAGAGAAAGAAGUGGCAUUUUCGAUUUUGGUAACUUCCUUCCGCAUCCUUUCUCUCCCUCUUCCCUUUCGUUUCCAUUAAACAAACGACACUCACAUUUUUUUUUUGGUCCAAAAACCAUAAAAAGCCACCCAAAAACCCUCUCUCUCUUCCUUUUUCUCUCUCUGUGCGUGCCCAAUUCGAAAGCAAGGUUUCUUCUCUACCCACUUCUCCCUUUGCAUCCAAUUUUCAAAAAACCCCUGCUAUGAUCCUAGUUUCUUCAUGAUGGAGUUUGUGGGCAAAAUCGUGAAGAAAGAGGUCAAAGGUGUUGGGUUUGUCACCGGAACCGUCAAAUCCUACGACCCUUCUUCAAGUUUCGUCGAGAUCCUCUACGACAACGGCGAUUCUGAGGAGCUGGAAUCAAACGAAGUGGUUUUGCUUCUUCAACAAGCUCAGCCGGAGCUCGCUAAGCCAAAGACUCGGGUUGGCCGGAAGCCCAAGAAGCGCCGCCGUGUUGAGAAGAAGGCCGGAGCUGGAGACAGUUCAGGUAAUGCCAAUGGAAAUUUGGUUUUGGAAGUUAGUGAAAUUAGGGAUAAUUCGGAAGUGAAUGGUGAAUUAGGUCUUGGAAUUGAGGAAAAGCUAGGAAAUGGGAAUGCUAAUGCGAAUGGGAGUGUGGAGUCAAUUGUGAGUGAUGGAACUCUUGGGAGGGAAAUUGGGGUUGAGGGGGAUUUAAAUUUGAAUAAGGAUGUAGCCGUAAAUGGAAGUUGUCUUAGGGAUAAGCUUGAUUUGAAUUCUGGGAUUAAUCUCAAUGAGGAUUUGAAUCUUAAUGAUGGGUGUGGUUUAUUGACUUUUGAUGGCACUGAGGUUGGUUUAACGAGAAGAGAUUGUAUUGACUUGAAUUUGGAUGUCAAUAAUGACGAUGAUGUCAGCAUGAAUGGGGGAUCUUUGGGCGGCAGGAAGUUGCAGCGGGAAUGUAAUUUUGAUUUGAAUGUCGAGGUGUGCGAAGAUGUAAAGGAAACCCGCGGCGAUGUUGCCAAUGGCAAUGGUAUUUAUGAGGCAAAUGCCAUAUUGGGUAAGAUGGGUCAGCUCCAAGGAGACAUGACAAAUCUUAAUCAGAGAUCUAUGGAAGUUGAUGAUGUUCGUAGCGAUUUGAAUGAGGUUUCCAAAGAUUUCACACCAGAGGUAGAUCAUGUUUCUGCCAACCAUGCAGCUACAGAUGCUUCUUUGUGUUCGAUUGAAGGAAAGGAAGACAACGAUAACAGAGGCGAUAUAGCAGCUGUUGGCUCUCUUCAGGUUUCAGAUGUUGUUUCUGUGGAGACUCAGCAAAUGGAUAGUCCUUGCGAAGCUGGUUUAGUCGUAACUCAUGAAGACCAAGAGGGGACAGGAAGUCUUAGCAAACAAGGAAGGGGUCGAAGGAAAAGAAGAAAAAUAGCGGAUGAACUAAAUAAUACCCCAGAGACAGGUUUAAGGAGGAGCUCUCGCCGGGCAUUAGCUAGAAAACAUGCUUCAAGCGUCAUAGUGUCACUGGAGAUGGAUGAUCCUAUGGUGUCUGUGGAAACCAGUGCCAUGGCAGAAGAAAAACCUGUAACUGUAAUAUCUGGUCAUGAACAGUCCAAAAUUUGUCAGGCGAAGUUGCAAUUACCCCCUUCUUCCCAAAAUUUAAAUUUAGAUGAUGUUCCUGUUCUUGAAGUCUUUUCUAUUUAUGCUUGUUUAAGGUCAUUCAGUACUUUAUUAUUUUUGAGUCCAUUUGAGUUGGAGGAUCUUGUAGCUGCUUUGAAGUCCGAAACCCCCAGUGUAUUAUUUGAUAGCAUUCAUGUUUCUAUUUUGGAAACUUUGAGAAAGCAUUUGGAAUACCUUUCCAAUGAGGGUAUCCAAUCUGCAUCUGAUUGUCUGAGGAAUCUUAAUUGGGAUUUUCUGGACAUUGUCACAUGGCCUAUUUUCAUGGCCGAGUACCUUCUGAUUCAUGGUUCAGGAUUUAAAACUAGCUUUAAUCUUAACUACUCAAAUUUCACAGCUGACUACUACAAACAACCUGUGAAUGUGAAGGUUGGGAUUCUUCAGUAUCUCUGUGAUGAUAUGAUCGAAGCAGAAGCAAUAAGGUCUGAGCUUAACAGGAGAUCGUUGGUAACUGAGAACAGUGUUGCUUCUGAUCAGAAUAUGUAUUUUGACACUUGUAAGAAACGGAGAGCUGGAACAGAUGUGUCUGGUGGCUCCUGCUUGACUGAGGAAAUUGCAGAUGACACUGACUGGAACAGUGAUGACUGCUACCUUUGCAAGAUGGAUGGUAAUUUAAUAUGCUGUGAUGGUUGCCCUGCUGCAUUCCACUCCAAGUGUGUUGGAAUUGCAAGUGACAAUCUGCCUGAAGGGGACUGGUAUUGCCCUGAGUGUGCAAUUGGCACACACAGGGCAUGGAUGAAAUCACGUAGGUCACUUCGAGGAGCAGAUUUGAUAGGGAGUGAUAUUCAUGGCCGUCUUUAUUUUAGCAGCUAUGGUUACUUGUUAGUGUCGGACUCAUCUGAUGAGGGGUCUUUGUUCAAUUACUACCACAGAAAUGAUCUACAUUUAGUGAUUGAAGCUUUAAAGUCUAUGGAUACUUCGUCCGGAGGCUUAAUAACGGCUAUCUACAAGCAUUGGGAUAUCCCUGCUAACCCAAGUGUGGAGACUAGUAACUUGGUCGUCUUGAACCAAAGCUCCACCAAGAACCUUCAUGUGAAGGGUGAAUCUUCUGCAAUGAAGACAUCUUUAGCUCCCAUUACUUUUUCAGAAGCAUGUUUGGUGAAUAAUCGUGUGGUUGAUGAAAGAAAGUUAGAUGAAAAUUCUACAAUUGACUGUUGUAAUCAUCCUGGCCAAGAUUUUCCUAAAGCUGGGAAUCGCUUGGAUUCAGCAACAACUAUAGAAAGUCCCUGUGCUGUUUCAGAAGGAUCAGCUGAUACCACACAAGUUAGACCAGGCAUCGAGAAUGUUCAAAUGAAUGGGCUUUACGAUUCCAAUAGAUCUGAUGAGUCCUUGAAUCAGGCAGGGAUACCGGAAAAACAUCAUCCAGUUGGUGACAGUUCUUUGGUAUCAUCUAGCUUAGAUGUGGAACAUAAGAGGAAAUUAAGAUCUGUGGAUGCUAGUUGUGCCCAAUUGCCUGAAGAUAAGGAUACCUCUGAUGUGCCUUUUGGAAUAGACUAUGUAAACUAUUAUAGCUUUGCCCGAACGGCCUCAUUAAUUGCACAUGAGUUGAUGAGUAAGUCACCUGAAAAGAUAAAUAAGAAUAUUGUAUUGACUGAAGACGACAUAAUUUCAGAGCAAGUCAAGGCCAUUAUGAAGAAAUCUACAAGCUUCUGCUGGCCAAGUAUUCAAAACCUGCAUGCAGCUGCCCAAAAGGAAAAUUGUGGGUGGUGCUUUUCUUGCAAAGUUGCAAAUGAUGACAGGGAUUGCUUGUUUAAUUCUGUAAUGAAGCCUGUUUGGGAAGUGUCUGAAAGUACUUUUGGUGGACUUCAUCCCAGCAAGAUCCAGAAUGGACAUCUCAGGGAUAUCAUCUGUCAUAUUCUCUCCCUUGAGGAUCGAUUACGCGGGAUUUUGUUGGGUCCAUGGUUGAAUAUACAACAAACUGAUCUUUGGCAUAAGGAGCUUAUGAAGACCGGUGAUCUUCGUCCUGCUAAAAAGUUAUUGCUUAUUUUGGAAUCCAAUUUGCGGCCUUUUGCUUUUGCAGCAGAUUGGUUAAAGCAUGUGGAUUCUAUUGGUACCAUGGGAUCAGCUAUUCAUUUUGUGGCCAGUUUACGCACAAGGCAUGGUAUUGGGAAGAAAAGGGCUAGGUUUUCUGAUGCUGAACCCAAUCCAUCUUCAAACAAUGCAAGCGGUUUGGGAAUGUAUUGGUGGAGAGGUGGUAAGCUUUCCCGGCAGUUGUUUAAUUGCAAGAGUUUGCCCCGCUCAUUGGUUGCCAAGGCUGCUAGACAAGGGGGUUGCUCAAAGAUUCCAGGCAUUUUGUAUCCUGAAAAUUCAGAUUUUGCUAGGCGAAGCAAAUGCAUUGCAUGGCGGGCUGCUGUUGAGAUGUCAACAAGUGUUGAGCAGCUUGCUGUACAGGUUAGAGAGCUUUAUUCUAACAUAAAGUGGCGUGAUAUUGAAAAUAGCCAUUCUCAAUAUGUCUUGGACAAGGAAUCUAGAAAAGCAGUUAGACUGUUCAAGAAAGCAAUUGUACGCAGGAAGUCCACUGAAGGGAAAUCUGUGAAGUACCUUAUUGAUUUUGGGAAGAGAAGGGCUAUUCCUGAUGUUGUUACCAAACAUGGUUCUGUGUUGGAAGAACCCUCAAGUGAGAGAAAAAAAUAUUGGCUGGAAGAAUCUUAUUUACCCAUGCAUCUUUUAAAGAAUUUUGAGGAAAAAAGAAUCAUUCGGAAGUCCGAUGUAAAGAAACUUGGGAAAACUAUUGAGAUUGGUAGAGUUAAUAGGAAGGUUCCUCAACAAAGAGGAUUUCCGUAUUUGUUUUCUAGACUGGAAAGAUCUGAUUGUCAUCAGUGUGGGCACUGCAACAAAGAUGUUCCUAUCAGGGAUGCUGUGAGCUGCCAAUAUUGCAAAGGACAUUUUCAUAAGAAGCAUGUAAGGAAAUGUAGUGGCACAAGGGCUACUAGAUGCACAUAUUCAUGUCACAGAUGCGAGGGUGGGAUGCAUGCAAAGACUAAAACUAAUUCAAAAAGAAAGAGAGUUGACUCUAAACAGCAGAAGGUUGAAUCACAGACAUGUAAAAAUACUCCCUCAGUUAGUAAGUCGGUGAGCCUUAAAGGCAAUAAAAGGGCUUUGAGUAAGGCACGGAAGGCAAAAUCUCAAACUAAUAAGAAGAUCGCACCAAGUGUACCACUUCGUCGUUCUACUAGGAAGGCCAAAUCCUUGUACAUGUACAGUCAAAUGAAUGGAGGGCGGAAAAAAGGAAUUCAAAGUAAAAAGAAAGUUGGACGUAAAAAGGGGAAGCAAAAUAAAUCAAAGAAGGCAAAUAAUCAGAAGCCGAAAGAAACUACUGCUCAGCAAGAGAAGUGUAUGCCAACUACUGUUUGUAAGAAGAGAACAAACGUUUGUAGCAGCUACUGGCAUAAUGGUCUUUGGUUGUCUAGAAAGCCAAAUGAUGAACGGGUAGUGUUGUUUCGGGAAAAAAAGCAUGUUUUCUCCUCUGAGGGUUUUUCUGCUGCCACUGAUAAUCCUAAAUGCGGCAUUUGUUCUGGAGAUGGACCCGAAUUACAUUAUAUUGCUUGUGACAUAUGUGGAGAUUGGUAUCAUGGGGAUGCUGUUGGGCUCACUGUAGAGAAUUCCAGACAAUUAAUUGGAUUUAAGUGUCAUGUUUGUCUUCAAAGGCAUGCUCCGAUCUGCCCCCAUAUGACAUGUAAAGCACUGUCUCUCACUGGAAACAGCACUAAAGAGUGUGCUGAGGAACUAUCAAAUUCUGUAUCUCUCCAGUUUCCGACUGAGGUUUGAUGAUUUGCUUUGCAUGGUGGAGAUGAGAUGCCACAUUCUUGUAGAGUUUUUCUUCCUGCAAGAUAAGGUGCCACAUUUUAUAAUUUUUUGUAAAAACAGGAUAGAAGAGUGUUUCUAAUGAGAGGGUCACUGUGGAAGGAAUGAUUUCUUGAUCAUGGUUCAACUUUGUGCCUUCAGUUUCAACAAUCUUGGAGGAGGGUAUGAAAAUAACGAAAUGACAAGCUAGUGCCAAAAAGGCUAAGAUAACUGUAAUGCAGAGACGCCAUAGAGUUCUUACACCAAUUGCAUUCAUCAUUGGUAUUCUAAGUUCUAACCCAUUAGAAUUCAUUGUAGUGGCAUUCUUUAGUGUAGGUCUUUUUUACUUUACUGGGAAUUCUUAUGGUGUCUUGGAGUUAACUUUCUACUAGGAAUGGAGUAUAUAAAUCAUAGCAGAUCUUAGAACACAUAAUAUGAUUAUCACAGCAGAUAGUAAAUAGAAUAUUGCUCUGUAAUAGUUUUUUUUUUUUUCUUGCAGUGAUGCCUGUCUGAGAAAGUUGGUGUCACUUACCACUUUGGUUUGAUUUUUCUUAACCCUCCCUUUGGGUUCCAAAAUCUAUUUUCAAUAUUCUCGUGUUUGCUUUAAGGGAGAAAAAAUGGUCAUGCCCCGAAGUUCAAAGUCCCAACCAGAUAUGAGAGGAUAUUUAAUCUAUUAAA